UGUGGAGGUAAGCCAGUGCCGUGUAAACCUGCGCUCAGGCCGCCCGUCAUGCCGUGUGGAGUCCAAUAAAAAAGUGUUUUAAGUGAAUCAUGUGCCAAUCGUGGAGAUUUUUCUUCGCCGGCUUGUUGCUGGCGACAGUGACUGCACAGAAUACAGAGAGCAGUGGAGACUUCACACCGGUUGUGACUGCAACAUGUAAGAGUGGAGUUAUGUCAAUUAGAAUCAACUUCAGCCUGCCCUUCAGUGGAGUAACACAUGCUCGAGAAUACAGAAAUCCAGCUUGCAUGGCGAUGGGAAAUGGGAGUGAAACUGUUGGUUUUGAUAUUAAUCUCAACGCUGUUAAGGGCUCACCUGACUAUUGUGGAGUUUUCUGGAAUAACCGAACAGAUGAGCGAUCUUUACCACUAGCUGUACGUGUUCACAGGACAUUGGAACUCGCUGACGACAAAUUCUAUGUCAUCACUUGUGGCAAGGCUGGCUUUAGAAACGCAAGAAACGAAACGUCAUUGGUAUCUUUACGAUUGCUAAAUUCUGAGGGUAGGAAAGUAUUGAAUGCGGCUUAUGGUCUGCCUUACACACUCCGAGCCGAGAUGAGCAAGCCAGACGGAACACACGGCAUUCGCAUGAGAAAUUGUUUUGUUUUCAACAUGCGUAAUAACACCGUGGAUCUUCUAGACAGGAGAGGAUGUCCUGCAAAGCAACAAACCCUGAUCGUUAGGUCUGACACGACCACCGCCGAAAUAGCAAUACCGCAAAUGUUUAGAUUCUCUGACUCCUCACAAAUCAACUUCCAGUGUGAUAUAGGAAUUUGUAAAGGCGCCUGUGCAACGAUAGAUUGUUCCAUCGAUGGCCCAGAACCGAACGACGAGGAGGGUUCAGUGACAGCCUCAACCGGAGUUUUUGUGUUAGACCCCAACGAUAGUGCAGUUGCAGCUCUAGCUUGCGUGGAUGAAGGUGUCCAUCCACUCUGGCUUCUCUACUUGGCAAUCGCUCUGGGAGUCAUGUUCCUGGUGAUGCUGCUCAUCAACUGCUUCCUCUGUACUGCCAUGACGUGUUCUUGCGCUAGGACUGAUGUUAUAGAAAAGGAUCCGUCAGUAGUCGAAGAUUAUGACCCUUACCGCAGCUGGCAUGGAAGUCAAUAUGGAAGUCGAUACCCAUCCUCCACAAUACACUCAGCGAGAUCGGUAUCUGAUAACAGCGAUCACUACGCUAUAGUACAAUCGAGACCCGGCAGUCGACACUCGGGCAUGCAUCGAAGUCGACAUUGAUACAAGAAUAAUCCGGAUGGAUAUUUAAUCUAGUCUGGAAUAAUGAAAGGAAAUAAUCGUAAAAGCAACAUUGUAAUUUAUAUACGUAACUGUUACUCGAGACAAGUUACUGGUUUGUACCUUUAGUAUAAGCUUAUCGAUAUUUUGUCAAGUAUUCGUAUAGUUGAUAAGUUAAUGUCAGAAACUAAGGGUAAGAAUCAGACGAGACUUAGUAUGACUCCCGUAUGUCCAAAACGUAUUUGACAUACGAAAGCCAUACUUCUGCGCGUUAUCAUAUCGGUUAAUUUCAUAUAGGGCCAUCGCGCUGUCUAAUUUACACUAAGAUAUUAUGCCCAUUCUAAGAGUGCUGAUAAACUCACAAAUAAGUAUAAAACGUACCUCAAAAUCUGUCAAUUUUAAUAUUUGACACAUGAAAGCAAGAAGGUUCUUUAUUUAAAAAAUAGGGCUGAUACAGGAUUCCAUAAUGAAAUGCUUGUAAAUGCUUGGAUUUAGGGAGAUGAAAUUUAAAAAAAAAACAGCUUUGACAAUUUGAAAACGGAAACAUUUUUUUUAACCUAAAAUCAAUGAUAUAGGUUUAAUAUUUUUAAGUAAGCUACAGCUACUGAACAAAUAUGUACUUUAAUAUUUAUGAAAUACGUUUUGUGCCAUUGCUAUUACAAACUAAAUCAUGCUAAAGCCUGCUUCAACUAACUCGGAAAAUAAAUUUUUAAAUAACAACGAAAAUAGUUUUACAAAUAAAUUAAGCAUAUAUGUGUUUUUAAAUUAUUGGUAUAAAGGGUAUUUUGUGGUUAAAAAAACUAAAUCGAACUAUACGUAUGGGUGCUUUCAGUUCAAAGUUUCUGGAAAGAGUUCACAACUUAAAACAAAAGACAAAACGAUGUGCGUUUUUUUUUCUUAACGGAAGCUCGGAUCGUGACGCAUAUCUAGACACUAGAUCUCGCCAUUGCUUCUUUAAAAUUCACAGCAAGAUUUGUUGUACACAAAAAUCGCGCUUAGUAUUUUCUGGAAUAUGUACCGUCCCUUAAAUGCUAUAAACAAAUAUGCGUAGAUCAAUAAGACAUAGCACUAUGAAUUUAUGUGUAUGUAUACCUUAGUAGCAGUAUUACUUACAUAAUUGUAAAUAUUUUAAUACUAAUCUACCAAAAUUUAAGCAUAUUAUUCUAAGAAAAACAAUAUAA